GACAUGGGAAGUGAGCAUUACUGCCUGAGGUGGAACAAUCAUCAGAGCAACUUGCUGGGUGUGUUCAGUCAACUGCUGGAGUCGGAGUCGCUGGUGGACGUGACACUGGCGUGCACGGAGGGACCUUCGAUACGUGCCCAUAAGGUAGUCCUCUCCGCGUGCUCCAGCUACUUCCAGGCCCUAUUCCUCGACCACCCGAACCGCCACCCCAUAGUCAUCCUAAAGGACGUACGUUUCGCCGAGCUACGUACCCUCGUCGACUUCAUGUAUAAGGGCGAGGUAAACGUUGAGUACUGCCAGCUAUCGGCCCUCCUCAAGACAGCGGAGAGCCUUAAGGUAAAGGGUCUAGCGGAUAUGACGAACAUCAACGCGGCAGUAGCGUCAAGGGACGAGCAACAACAGCAGCAACAACAGCAGCAGCAGCAGCAACCGCAGCAGCAGCAGUCACAGCAACAACAACAACAACAACACACGAGCACAUCCGAGGGUAUACAACGCGAGACAUUACGAGAACAUCACCGUGAACGCGAAAGUAUAAAGGAAGGAAGCAAUAAGGAAAGAGAUAGGGAAGGAAAUACAUCUGGUGGCACGGGUGUGUCAUCAGGAGGGGUUAAAGAAUGCGAGCAACAACCCCAACAGAACGUAGUCCAACCACCCACCAGCGAGUCCACCGAAGCGGUAGACAUGACGGAUUGUCCGCCAUCGCCGACAGGACCCGGUAGCCCUUGUCCAGGACCGUUGGCACUUGAUCGACCUAGGAGGGACUCCGAAGAUGUGGCAAGUCUAGAAGAAACGAGGGGUUCCCUUAGUCCGAUAUCGGUGCACAGUGGACCGUCGGAUAUGAGUCUAAGUAACAAUACCGGAAGCACGCCUGGUGUGUUACCGUUGAACUUACCGCAGAGCCGGCUUCCGUCCCCGCACAGUACAGAACCUCUCGCGGGCCCGUCGGGGUUACCCCCAGUCCAACAAGUUCCACUUUCGUUAAAAAAAGAGAUGGACUGGGAAAGGUCGACCGAAGAGCGUAGUGCGAGCAGCGAAAUAUCCACGGACUACAGACUCCCACCAGAUCCGGCAUUGUCGCUGACCCUCGGUUUGGAGGCAGCUGGUUGGGGUGCCCUGGUGGAACGCACGGGCGGCGGCAGCGGCGGAAGCGGUUCCCUGCUAGGUCACGGCGGUUUCGCCGGUCUGGCGGGGUUGGCGCGUCGCUGUGGCGUCUGUCUAGCGACGUUUCCUUCCGCCUGGUUGCUGGAACGGCACGCGUUGCUACAGCACGCCGGCCAGGCCAGCGAAGACAAGCCGUUCACCUGCGAGCAAUGCGGCCAACGCUACCGCUACCGAUCCGCGUACGUGAAGCACCGCGAGCAGAACCACCGUGCCCGUUUACCUGCCGACAAGCUCUUCACCUGCGACGUCUGUGGCAUGCAGUUCAGGUAUAUGAAGUCGUUCAAGAAGCAUCGUCUGAACCACGCGCUGGAACGGUUGCACCGUGCACCCGAGUCACAGAACAGCGCGAUAUCGGUGUCUGUGGCCGCUGAACGGAGCGACCAGGUAUCCAGCACCGGUGAACCGUCGCAGGUGGAGACCGGAAGCGACACCACUACCAAUCCAGGUGAGGAGGAGACACGGGGAGCUUUCAACGAGAACGCUCGGGAGGAAAGUGUGUCGGAGACGGCGAGUUUGCACGAAAAUCCUGGAGAAGCUGUCGAGGUUCAGAUGACCGAAGGUCCAACUGGAAACGGCGGAGGAUCUGCAGGUGGUGGCAGUACUAGCGAGGUAGGCGAUGUAGAUGAUAACGCGAUGGACGACGACCGAUCCGAAGCCACCGAUCCCGUGAUCAGCCUGGCGCGGAACAGCCACGAGGUGGACAGGCGCGAGCGUCGCUUCGCCUGUCCGUUUUGCGGUAAGUGCGUCCGUUCGAAGGAGAACCUGAAGCUCCACGUCCGCAAGCACACAGGGGAACGACCGUUCGUUUGCCUGUUCUGCGGACGAGCGUUCGGUGGUAAGAGCGACCUCACCAGGCAUCUCCGUAUUCACACCGGUGAGAGGCCGUACCACUGCGAGAUGUGCGGUAAAUGCUUCGCCAGGGCGGAUUACCUGUCCAAACACCUCACCACGCAUAUACAUCAGCGUUAA